GAGCACCCACAGCCCGGGUGGAACACGCGACGGGAAAUGGAAAUGGCACCCAAGAAAACACGAUUUCUUGUAGUUCCGUGAGGUGCCCAUCAGACAGGCCGCACCACCUUCACUGGGAAGGACGAGACAGUGGAAGUCUUUGCCACACUGGGGGUCUCAGACUGGCUUCCCCUACCAGAGCCGCUCACUAGCCUUUCGGCAGAACAGACGUCAGAUGGAGUUUCUUCUUCCUGCCAUGCUUGAAAAUUAAGCUGAGCGGGUGUUCCAGGAGCUCAUGGUUUCCAGGAGAGGCGAGCUGGGCUAGAAGAGAGGAUCUCUUCCCUAGAAGACAAGCAAGUCUGAACGGCAAAGAAGAAUGAGAAGAUGGAAUUCCCUUUUGGGUCCCCGGAAACUACCAACUUCCAUCGAUUCACUCCAGAAUCCCUGGUGGAGACUGAAAAGAGAAUUGCUGCUCAGAAGGCAGAAAAGAAAGCCAAAGGUAAGCACAGUAAGCAGGAGGACCAAGAGGAGAAGCCUCGGCCUCAGCUAGACUUGAAAGCCUGCAACCAGCUGCCCAAGUUCUACGGUGAGCUCCCAGAAGAGCUGGUUGGGGAACCCCUGGAGGAUCUGGACCCCUUCUACAGCACACACCGGACAUUUAUGGUGCUGAACAAACAGAGGACCAUUUUCCGGUUUAGUGCCACUCGGGCCCUAUGGAUAUUCAGUCCUUUCAACCGGAUCAGAAGAACAGCCAUCAAAGUGUCUGUCCACUCAUGGUUCAGUUCAUUUAUUACAGUCACUAUUUUGGUCAAUUGUGUGUGCAUGACCCAGAACGACCUUCCAGAGAAACUGGAGUGCGUCUUCACUGUCAUUUAUACCUUUGAGGCCUUGAUAAAGAUACUGGCAAGAGGAUUUUGUCUAGAUGAGUUCACUUACAUGCGAGAUCCUUGGAACUGGCUAGAUUUUAGCGUCAUUACCCUGGCAUACAUUGGUGAAGCCACAGAUCUCCGAGGGAUCUCAGGCCUGCGCACGUUCAGAGUUCUUAGAGCUUUAAAAACAGUUUCUGUGAUCCCAGGGCUGAAGGUGAUCGUGGGGGCCCUGAUCCACUCGGUGAGGAAGCUGGCUGAUGUGACAAUCCUCACCAUCUUCUGCCUGAGUGUCUUUGCCCUGGUGGGCCUGCAGCUCUUCAAGGGCAACCUCAAGAACAAAUGUGUCAAGAAUUGCACAGCUUUCAAUGAGACAGCCAAUUACUCCUCUUACGAAGAACGCGAGUGGAAUUUCUGCCGUGGUGACGCAGACUUCUAUAUCAAUAAGACAGGUACUUCUGAUCUCUUACUGUGUGGCAAUGGAUCUGAUGCAGGCCACUGCCCUAAAGGUUAUUUCUGCAUGAAAACAUCUGACAACCCGGAUUUUAACUACACCAGCUUUGAUUCCUUUGCUUGGGCUUUCCUCUCAAUGUUCCGCCUCAUGACACAGGAUUCCUGGGAACGACUCUACCAGCAGACCCUGAGGGCUUCUGGGAAAAUCUAUAUGGUCUUUUUCGUGCUUGUCAUCUUCCUGGGGUCUUUCUACCUGGUCAAUUUGAUCUUGGCUGUGGUCACCAUGGCAUACGAAGAACAGAACCAGGCAACCAUUGAUGAAAUUGCAGCCAAGGAAAAGAAGUUCCAGGAGGCCCUUGAGAUGCUCCGGAAGGAGCAGGAGGUGCUGGCAGCGCUGGGGAUUGACACAGCCUCGCUCCAUUCCCACCCUGGAUCACCUUUAGCAGCCACAAAUGCCAACGAGAGAAGGAACAGAAUGAAGCCAAACGUGUCAGAGGGUUCCACAGACGACAGCAAAUCUCACCAAUCUGAGCCUUACAACCAACGCAGGAUGUCUUUCCUAGGCCUCACCUCUGGGAGACGCCGGGCUAGCCAUGGCAGUGUGUUCCAUUUCCGGGCCCCUGCCCGCGACGGUUCAUUCCCUGAUGGGGUCAUAGAUGAUGCCGUCUUUCUUGGAGAUCGCGAGAGCCGUCGGGGCUCCCUGCUUCUGGGUGGGGGUGCUGGCCAGCCACGCCCCCUCCCUAGGAGCCCGCUUCCUCAACCCACCAACCCUGGUUCAGGGCAUGGAGAAGAUGGACACCCCACAGUGCCCACUGGUGAUCUUGGCCCUGGAGUCGUGGACGUCUCGGCAUAUGAUGCAGCACAGAAGACUUUCUUAUCAGCAGAAUACUUGAAUGAACCUUUACAAACCCAAAGGGCAAUGAGUGUGGUCAGUAUCAUCACCUCCGUCCUCGAGGAACUCGAGGAGUCUGAACAGAGGUGCCCACCCUUGUUGACCAGCUUGGCUCAGAAGUAUCUAAUCUGGGAGUGCUGCCCCACGUGGGUGAAGCUCAAGAAGCUUCUCUUUAGGAUUGUGACGGACCCCUUUGCGGAGCUCACCAUCACCUUGUGCAUCGUGGUAAACACCCUCUUCAUGGCCAUGGAGCACCACGGCAUGAGCCCAAUCUUCGAAACCAUGUUCCAGAUAGGCAACAUUGUCUUCACCGUGUUUUUUACUGCGGAAAUGGUCUUCAAAAUCAUUGCCUUCGACCCCUACUAUUACUUCCAGAAGAGGUGGAACAUUUUUGACUGCAUUAUUGUCACCGUGAGCCUGAUGGAGCUGGGUGUGGCCAAGAAGGGCGGCAUGGCGGUGAUGCGGUCCUUCCGCCUGCUGCGGGUUCUCAAGCUGGCCAAGUCCUGGCCAACCUUAAAUACCCUCAUCAAGAUCAUCGGAAACUCGGUCGGGGCGCUGGGGAACCUCACCAUGAUCCUGGCCAUCAUUGUCUUUAUCUUCGCUCUGGUUGGCAAGCAGCUCCUCGGAGAAAAUUACUGCAGCCAACGGCAAAGUAACUCCUCGUGUGAAGAACUGCCACGCUGGCACAUGUAUGACUUCUUCCAUUCCUUCCUCAUCGUCUUCCGGAUCCUCUGUGGGGAGUGGAUUGAGAACAUGUGGGCCUGCAUGCAAGUCGGCCAGAAAUCCAUAUGCCUCAUCCUUUUCUUGACAGUGAUGGUGUUGGGGAAUCUGGUGGUGCUCAACCUGUUCAUUGCCCUGCUGCUGAACUCUUUCAGUGCCGACAACCUCACCGUCCCAGAGGACGAUGGGGAGAUGAACAACCUGCAGGUCGCCCUGGCACGGAUCCAGGCAUUUGCCCAUCGCACCAUGAGGGCCCUGCGCAGCUACUUCCACAGGCCCUGCCUGCUCCCCCGGACCAAGGUGGAGCCCCAACUGGCAGUGAAAAUCCCACUCUCCAGCUCCAAAACCGAGAACCACAUUGCUGCCGACCCGGCCAUGGCAAGCUCUGGAGGGCCAUCGGUUCCCAGAGGCCCCAGCGAGGACCAGAGUGACUUCAUCACCAAUCCUCACGUGUGGGUCUCGGUGCCCAUUGCCGAGGGGGAGUCUGACCUCGAUGAGUGGGAGGGUGACGAGGAGGAGGAUGUUCGGAGCUCGCCACAGGAAGUGAUCCCCCCCAGGCAGGAGCAGAUGCAGCAAGUCAGAAGGUGUGAGGACCCCCUGGUACCCAGGAGCCCAUGUUCUGGAAGGUCCUCUGAGGACCUGGCUCCAUACCUGGGUGAGAAUUGGAAAGACAAGGCUGCUACUCAGGCCCCUGCCGAGGGCGUGCGUGACACAAGCUCCUCAGAGGGCAGCACGGUGGACUGUCUGGAUCCUGAGGAGAUCCUGAGGAAAAUUCCUGAGCUGGCGGAUGACCUUGACGAACCAGAUGACUGCUUCACAGAAGGCUGCAUGCGCCGCUGUCCCUGCUGCAAAGUGAAUACCACCAAGUCUCCAUGGGCCAUGGGCUGGCAGGUGCGCAAGACCUGCUACCGCAUCGUGGAGCACAGCUGGUUUGAGAGCUUCAUCAUCUUCAUGAUCCUGCUCAGCAGCGGGUCCCUGGCCUUUGAAGACUAUUACCUUGACCAGAAGCCCAAGGUGAAGUCCUUGCUGGAGUACACCGACAGGGUGUUCACGUUUAUCUUUGUGUUCGAGAUGCUGCUCAAGUGGGUGGCCUACGGCUUCAAAAAUUACUUCACCAACGCCUGGUGCUGGCUGGACUUCCUCAUUGUGAACAUCUCACUAACAAGCCUCAUAGCGAAGAUCCUGCAGUAUUCUGAUAUAGCACCCAUCAAAGCCCUUCGGACCCUCCGCGCCCUGCGGCCACUGCGGGCUCUCUCUCGAUUUGAAGGCAUGCGGGUGGUGGUGGAUGCCCUGGUGGGCGCCAUCCCUUCCAUCAUGAACGUCCUCCUCGUCUGCCUCAUCUUCUGGCUCAUCUUCAGCAUCAUGGGCAUGAACUUCUUUUCAGGGAAGUUUGGGAGGUGCAUCAACAUCACCACUGGAGACUUUUCUCCUGUGCCUCCGACUACCGUGAAUAACGAGUCUGACUGUAGACUUCAAAACUACACUGGCAACCUCUUUUGGGUCAACAUGAAGGUCAACUUUGAUAAUGUUGCAAUGGGUUACCUUGCACUUCUUCAGGUGGCAACCUUUAAAGGCUGGAUGGACAUCAUGUACGCAGCUGUCGAUGCCCGAGGGGUGAACUUGCAGCCCAAGUGGGAGAACAACGUGUACAUGUACUUGUACUUUGUCGUCUUCAUCAUUUUCGGCGGCUUCUUCACACUCAAUCUCUUUGUUGGGGUCAUAAUUGACAACUUCAAUCAACAGAAAAAAAAGUUAGGGGGCCAGGACAUCUUCAUGACAGAGGAGCAGAAGAAGUACUACAACGCCAUGAAGAAGCUGGGCUCCAAGAAGCCCCAGAAGCCCAUCCCCCGGCCCCUGAACAAGUACCAGGGCUUUGUCUUUGACGUCGUGACCAGACAAACUUUCGACAUCAUCAUCAUGGUGCUCAUCUGCCUCAAUAUGAUCACCAUGAUGGUGGAGACUGAUGAUCAGAGUGAAGAAAAGACAAAAGUCCUGAACAAAAUCAACCAGUUCUUUGUGGCCGUCUUCACAGGCGAGUGUGUCAUGAAGAUGUUUGCCCUGAGGCAGUAUUUCUUCACCAACGGCUGGAAUGUGUUUGACUUCAUUGUUGUGAUCCUCUCCAUUGGGAGCCUGGUGUUUUCUACAAUUCUUAAAUCAUUUGAAAGUUACUUCUCCCCCACGCUCUUCCGAGUCAUCCGGCUGGCCCGGAUUGGCCGCAUCCUCAGACUAAUCCGAGCGGCCAAGGGCAUCCGCACCCUGCUCUUUGCCCUCAUGAUGUCCCUGCCUGCCCUCUUCAACAUUGGUCUGCUGCUCUUCCUCGUCAUGUUCAUCUACUCCAUCUUCGGCAUGGCCAGCUUCCCCCAUGUCAAGUGGGAGGCUGGCAUCGAUGACAUGUUCAACUUCCAGACCUUCGCCAACAGCAUGCUGUGCCUCUUCCAGGUCACCACCUCGGCCGGCUGGGACGGUCUCCUCAGCCCCAUCCUCAACACAGGGCCCCCUUACUGUGACCCCAACCUGCCCUACAACAAUGGCACAAGAGGGGACUGUGGUAGCCCAGCCGUGGGCAUCAUCUUCUUCACCACCUACAUCAUCAUCUCCUUCCUCAUUGUGGUCAACAUGUACAUCGCAGUAAUUCUGGAGAACUUCAAUGUGGCCACGGAGGAGAGCACCGAGCCCCUGAGCGAGGACGACUUUGACAUGUUCUAUGAGACUUGGGAGAAGUUCGACCCAGAGGCCACCCAGUUUAUUACCUUCUCUGUCCUCUCAGACUUUGCAGACACCCUCUGUGGUCCUCUGCGCAUCCCAAAACCCAAUCAGAAUAUAUUAAUCCAGAUGGACCUGCCCUUGGUCCCUGGAGAUAAGAUCCACUGUUUGGACAUCCUUUUUGCCUUCACUAAGAAUGUUUUGGGAGAAUCUGGGGAGUUGGAUUCUCUAAAGACAAAUAUGGAGGAUAAGUUUAUGGCAACUAAUCUUUCAAAAGCAUCCUACGAGCCAAUAGCCACCACCCUCCGGUGGAAGCAAGAAGACAUUUCAGCCAAGGUCAUUCAAAAGGCCUAUCGGAGCUACGUAUUCCAUCGCUCCAAGACAAUCUCCAGCCCUCCAGGCGUGCCCAGGGCUGAGGAGGAGGCUGUGUCACUCUCAGAUGAAGGCUUUAUUGCAUUCAUGAGAAAUGAAAAUUGCGUGCUCCCAGACAAAUCUGAAACUGUAUCUGCCACAUCUUUCCCACCAUCUUACGACAGUGUCACUAGAGGCCUUAGUGAUCAAGUCAACAUGAGCACAUCUAGCUCAAUACAAAAUGUAGAUGAAGCCACCAGUAAGGAAGCAACUGCCCCUGGGCCCCAGUAAGGACACUCCCGCAUGGGCAUGUCCGGUUCUGAUGGGUCCUUCUGCUCCUUGAUAACUUUUCCCCACUACAGGUGGCAUCCAGCUACCACCUCACCAAUGCAUGUCACUGGUCACAAUGUCAGAACUGAGCAAGGGAAUGCAGUUGGUACCCACCUUUGGAGAAGGUCCCAUACACCAACAGGAGUCAGAAGACCAAGCACAUCUCCAUUGUGACUUCCCUUUUCAAGUUCAAUAUCAGAUGAUGGGUUUCCUUACUUUCCAAAAAAAAAUGUCCCUGGUCUUUUUAUUUUGAUUGUGACCAGAGCUUUCAUUUUUCAAGACAAGCUUCUCAGGACCAGAACUUCCAAAGAUAUAUGGCAAGGAUGUCGCUAAAGGUCCAAGGUAGUCCUCUGGGAAACAUCACAUAGAGAUUGGUAAUGUUAUUUAGGAUUUUGCAUGACUGCAUGUUGAGAGCUG